ACCACAAAUCAGCCAUGAAUCCCGCCAAGAGUAUACUUAGAGAUAAUACGUUGCCUAUUCUAAAUAACAAACGAAGGGUGUCUUUUGCACCUGAAGUCACCCUACACAAGAUUGAUAUUGUCGGAAAGAGGAGAAAGACAAUCAAUGGAACAUUCCCCCAGUUUGAUUUGCAGGAUGUUGAUGCUGGUGAUGAGUUGCUUGAGGAUAGCUCUGACGAGGAUGUAAAUCAAGGGCAGGUGGAAAAUAAUGUCGUGGAGAAUGAUGAGGAACAGACCAUGGAACUUACAGGCCAGUUUCUGGUUCCGUUUAAUCAGUUUCCUUCUAUCCAUGAUCCUGAAGAGGAGGAUAUGGAACUUACUGGGACAAUCAAUCCACCUACUGUUCAUAACAUAGAGCAGGAGCAUGAACAGGAAGAGGAUAUGGAACUUACUGGGCGAGUUGACACUCCUCGAUAUGUUACCGUUCCAGCUGAAGAUGGAAAGGAAGAGGAAGAGGAAGAGGAAGAGGAAGAAAUGGAACUUACAGGAAAGUUCGAUAUUUCCAUACCUGUCCCGGCACAAAAAGUUCGAGAAGAAGAAACUACCGAGAAAAUGCAAGAAGAUCAGCAUGACCAAGCAGAAGAAGAAGAAGAGGAGGAAGAGGAAGAUAUGGAACUUACAGAAAAGUUUGACGUUAUACCCGCUCCCGUAGAAUCAGUUCAAGAAGAACCACAACAACGCAAAGACGAAGAAGGUACAGUAGAUGAAGAAGACAUGGAGCUCACAGGAAGCUUCACCGUACUGCAACAAGGUAAUGAAUCAAUAUUAGACAUCACAAAAGCGAAAUCAGUUAAAUCUUUAAUCAAGUCAAUUGCUCGCGAUGAAGAUGAUGUUAAUGGAUCAAUGGACAUCACACAGGAAAUGGAACUGGUUAUGCAGCAUAUCCAAGAAUUGGAAAGGAGCCAAGAGGAUCAUGAGCUGCAACAAUCACAACAGAACAAAGAACCCGUUGAAACAGAAGAUAAUGAACCAGAGAUGGAGAUGACUCAAACUAUUAUUCGUCCUUUAUUGGCACCAAUUGAAAAUGACGAAGAAGAGGACGACCAUGACGACGGCGACGAAGAAGAGGAAGAAGAAACGCCACAAGAUAUGGAGAUAACUGAACCUAUCGCUUCUGUAUAUCAAGAGUCUAUUGACUCAAUAAAGAACAAAGACUACGAGGAUGAACAAGUAAACAACCUCGACCAAGAGAAUCAAGAAGUAAACAGUAAUCUAAAUGAAGAUGAAGGACCUCCAAUGGAAUUAACUCAAGCCUUCUCCACAAUUGAAUCUAAACAACAGGAUGAAUCUGCUCCAUUUUCACAACCUGUGGAAUCAACCAUGGCGUUUUCAAGUAUCAAUGCAAAUAUGGAAAGAAAAUUGACUGAAAGUACCACACAUUAUUUUCAACCCAUGGAACUCACUCAAGUAGUAUCACAGAUUACGGAGACUACACCACAAGAAACCACGCGGGCAUCUCCAGAAGAUAUGCCUAUGGAAAUAACUGAACCUAUAUCGAGAAUUAUCCAGUCUACGCCCGACCAAGAUGAAUCAAUGGAGAUAACUCAACCAAUAUCUGCAACUGCAAGAUAUCCACUGGCCAAUGAUAUGACUUCCGAUGCUGAUAGUUCCCGCAUUGAAGAGCAUGUAGUCACCUCCAAGAUCCCACUUGCCGAAGUUUCAAGCACUCAGGAAUACGAACAGGACGAAGAUGACGAAGAAUAUGAUGAAGAUUACGAACCAAUUAAAUUAUCACAAUUUUUGCAAGAUAUAGGAAUCCAAUUCUAUGAUGAUCGUGAGCUUGAUCUUAACUCGUUCCCUCGGUUCAGCAACCCUGAUCAGCUGAAUAUCACUAUGACCGACUACAUCUCGUCCAUUCCCAAAUUGCCCGUGCUUCAACUAUAUGAGUUCAGUAAUUCAGAACUCAACAAGAAUUUAAUGGAUACCCGAAACUUGUUCAAUGCGUUCAAUACUCAUAUUGAAAUGAAUAACCCUACAAUGUUCCGCCAGUAUUAUAAGCUGGACGAGCAGGCUCAAGCACAGAUGAAUCAGCGAUUCGCAAGAGUAAGAGAGUACAUGCGCCAACUGAGUCAUAAAAAGUGGUAUGAAUGGAGGUAUAACAUGAUUAGUGCAUUGUUGGACAAGAGUCGGGAACGGUAUCUGGAAUUGGUGAAUGAUCGACAAUGUUUGAUUCUGGACAUCGAUCAGUUACAGAAAUUACGGUUGAAGUUUCAUGGAUAUCUUCAACAGUUGAGACGACGCUUGACUGAUUUGAAGCAAGUCACACUGCAAAUUGGCAAGAUACCUGCAGGUGAAUUGGAAAAGUUACUGAUUGAAUUAAAGAGUCAUAAAUUGAAAAUGGCAGAACUUGGUAAUAAGAUUGUUGAUCGGACGGGUGAGCUUGAGCGUAUUAAUGUGAAAUUGGCGGAUAUUGGGAAUAAGCGAACGGAAUUGGUGCUGGAGUUAAGUCAGGCUCAGCAAGUUGUACAAAAGACGAAAUUGAAUGAUAAAUCAGAAGUUAUUGCACGUCAUUUAACCUUUAAAUUUUUACAACAAAUUACCAAGCUACAAUUUGUCAACGAAGACAAUGGAGUUUGGGAGUUUAUUUAUUAUCAAGAUAUUAAGUGUAGGUUUGAUAUCAAAAACAAUCAAAUUGAAUAUUCAUUGCUGGGGUCAAAUAACUUCAAGAAUAAAGAAUUAUUGUCAUACGCAUUACAUUUACCAAGCGAAGGAACAACUAUAACUGAAAAGUUUAAUGAUUUCACCAAGAAUUAUCACUGGUUAAAAACUUUAGACCAUGAAUUGUUUAUGUUAAAUGUUCAAUAUCAAAUUAAAAUUAUUUCAGACUCGACCGAUAUCAUUCAAUUCACCAUGGAAUACUUUAACUUCGUCACAAAUUGUAAAGCAAAUGUAACCUGUCAAAUUCCAGUUUCAAGCUUGGCAGAUUAUCAAAUGCAUGCUGUUGCCGUGGGUCAAGUAUAUCGCUACAAAAGAGGAAACAAUAGUGCUGUUGAUAUUGCAACCAAUAUCCAUACACUUUCACCAAUGUUCUCUAGAAUUACAUUAAGUACUUAGAUAAUACACACCUAAUUUAAUGAGUGGCCCCGAGGAAUAUCGUAGCUCCCAAACAUACAAACAUAACCAAUACACCCCAAAUACUCAACGCCAACCCACCAUAUUUACAAAACUUCUCCAAUGUAUCCAAUUUAGUAGCAUCUCCCAAUGGUUUAAUCAACAAGAACCCAAAUAAACCGGGAAGGAUGAAUGAAAUGGAAGUUGAACCGGUAGAUCCAACAAAUGCAAGAACAUGGGCUAAUGACGUUACUGUAAUGGCCACCAAAUAUGACAACAUCACAAUUAUAGUAGUUAUUAUAUAGAAUCUUUUCGAUGUGAGUGGGACAAUUAUUGGAUCGUGUCCGUCAGUAUCUUGAGCACCUUCCAUGGGCGUAGUUGACACAAACGAUUCAUUUUGAGCUGAUUCAGAAUCAUUCAUUGAUUCAAUGUCUGAUGUAAGGGUAGUGUAUCCCUCACGUUCAUUUUGUCGAUCGGCUUUUCUUACCUUGUACUCGGCCACACCUUGGGUGAUGAAAUGGUAUACAUGAUUCAUGGAUCCUCUACAUGGGUGACACUGCAAUGGGAAUGAUAAACUAACCAUAAGAACAAUACAUAAUCUUCCAAUCAAGGACGAAAUGGAGCUUUUAGGGUACAAUGUGAUAAUGUUCCCAUUCACGGUAUUUCCAAAUGUGAGGUACCCGAAUAUCCCCACAAUCAAAUAUGAUACUAAUGCAGUACAAAUCGAAUUUCUGAUAAUGAUGUUGGAUUGUCUUGUUUGAGAUCCGUCCUUUUCGCAAGGUUUCAAUUCGUUGAUAAUGGCAAACAUAUUCUGAUGACAGGUGUAUGCAAACACAAAAAUGGGGAAUGAUGAUAAUGUGGAAGUCAAGGAAAUUGGACCAAAGUAAUCGAUGUGCUUUCCCGGUACGUCAACAUCACGCACAAAGUAAUGUUCCAACACUAAACAAAUCAAGUAAACCACGGAAAACAAGGCAAGAAACGAGGCAUACUUUAAACUGUCAAGUUUCUUAAGGUACGACAAAGGAACAAUAAUCACCAUAAACACGGAAAUCCAGAAAUUUCUCGCCAUUAAGAUCGAUUCGGGUUUCACUUUAGCUGAUUCCAUGAUUUUCGGCAUUAAAUCUCCGAUAACCACAAGAUAUGAAACACCAACACCAAAACAUUUAAUGGAUAUGGCUGAAUCAAAUACAAUUGAUAAUUUCGGGUAUGUCAACUGAGCCAAACUGAAGUAUGAAACUGCUCCUCUUUGAUCGGUAUACUUGGCCACUUUAUUUUGUAAAUAUAAUCCAAAUGCUGAUGUUAAACUCGACCAUACGAUAAGGAUACAUCCAAAGAGUAGACCGUUAGCCUUGAGCCCAAAUGGCAUGGCAAGGAUCCCGGCUCCCACUAUAGUAUUCAACAAGUUUAUUGUGCCUGAUUUUAUAGUUGCUCUACCCAUAGUGAAUGCGUGCGUGUGUGUGUGUGGGUGUGGGUGGUUGGGUGUGUGUGUGUUUGUCUAGAAAAUGCAGUAAUUAGUGCCAGCGAGGGAGGUUGAAAUAUUAUGUGAAUUCUUAAAUGUUACAAAUGUCUAUUCUGUCUGUCUGUGUAGUCUUAUGUAUGCUAUUGCAUUUGACACUUUUCCAAGAUUGAAUUGAAUUGAUUGAUUGAUUGAUUUAUGUUUACACUAUGACGUUAUCUU